AUGCCUUCCUUCCUUCCUUUCUUACUUCCUUCCUUCUAUCCUUUCUUUGUUCGUUCGUUCGUUCGUUCCUUCCUUUGUUUCUUUGUUCCUUCCUUCCUUCCAUCCUUCAUUCCUUCCUUCAUUCCUUCCUUCCUUCGUUUCUUAGUUCCUUCCUUCCUUUGUUUCUUGGUUCCUUCCUUCCUUCUUUCCUUCCUUCCUUCCUCCCUUCCUUCCUUCUUUCCUUCCUUCCUGUGUUCCUCCCUUCCUUUGUUUCCUUCCUCUAUUCUUCCUUCCUUCCGUCCCUUUGUUUCUUCCUUUCUUCCUUCCUUUGUUUGUUUGUUUCUUUCGUCCUUCCUUCCUUCCUUCCUUCCUUCCUUCCUUCCUUCCUUCCUUCCUUUCUUCAUUCCUUUGUUUUGUUUUCCUUUCUUUUGUUUCCUUCCUUCAAUCCUUCCUGUGUUCCUUCCUUUGUUCCUUCCUUCCUUUGUUUGUUUCUUCCUUCCUUCCUGUGUUCCUCCCUUCCUUUGUUUCCUUUCCUUAGUUCCUUCCUUCCGUCCCUUUGUUUCUUUCCUUCCUUCCUUCCUUUGUUUGUUUGUUUCCUUCCUUCCUCCUUCCUUCCUUGUGUUCCUUCCUUCCUUUCCUUCCUUCCUUCCUUCCUUCCUUCCUUCCUUCCUUCCUUCCUUCCUUCCUGUUUCCUUCCUUUCUUUGUUCCUUCCUUCCUUUUUUCCUUCCUUCCUUCCUUUGUUUCUUUCUUCCUUUCUUCCUUCCUUCCUUUCUUCCUUCCUCCCUUCCUUUGUUUCUUUCUUCCUUCUAUCCAUCCUUCCUUCCUUCCUUCUUUCCUUCCUUCCUAUGUUCCUCCCUUCCUUUGUUCCUUCCUUUGUUCCUUCCUUCCUUCCUUCCUUCCUUCCUUCCUUCCUUCCUUCCUUUCUUUCUUUCUUUCUUUCCUUCCUUCCAUCCUUCCUUCAUUCCUUUGUUCCUACCUUCCUUCCUUUGUUCCUUCCUUCCUUCCUUCCUUUGUUACUCUUUACUUUUCUUUGCAUGUCACUCUCUUCCUUCUUUCAUUUCAUCCUUCAUCUCCCCACAUCUUCUUUCCUGACUAAAUCUACUUCUUCCUGUCUCCAUUUCUUUGUCCGUCACUCUGUUCCUUUUUUCUUUUCUGCCUCCAUCUUUCCAUUCCUUCCUUCCUUCCUUCCUUCCUUCCUUCCUGUCUUUGUCCGUCACUCUCUUUCUUCCUCCCUUCCUCCCUCAUUCUCUCAAUCUAUCUAUCUAUCUAUCUAUCUAUCUAUCUAUCUAUCUAUCUAUCUAUCUACUGUCAAAAGAACUAGAUCUAUCUAUCUAUCUAUCUAUCUAUCUAUCUAUCUAUCUAUCUGUACUGGCCUAUUCAUAUCUAUCUAUCUAUCUAUCCUAGUCUGUUCAUAUCUAUCUAUGCCAGCCUAUUCUAUCCUAGUAUAUUCAUAUCUAUCUACCUAUUCAUAUCCAUCUAUCUAUUCUAGUCUAUUCAUAUCUAUCUAUCUAUCUAUCUAUCUAUCUAUCUAUCUAUAUUUUGAUUUAAUGAAAGCAAUUGGCUUACACUCGGGGAGAAUCACUUCUGAGAUUCGGAAUCGUCACUGCUGGAAAAACAAUUAG